AUGCGCUUGGUAACUUGCCUUGAACACCUCCUUGGUCGAGGAAGCAAUGGUACAAAUGACCUUCUUAUACUCUCGACACUUGACUUAAUACAAGGCGCGCUUCUGCUCCACCCGCCAUCGCGGACACUAUUCGCGCGGGAAAUUUACAUGAACAUACUAUUGGAUCUUCUGGACCCGAUCAACUGCCCCGCGAUUCAGUCUGCUACUCUCCUCACUCUUGUAACGGCUCUUUUGGACCAUCCCGCCAACACGCGCACGUUUGAAGAGCUCGACGGGCUGCUCACCGUGACAUCUCUCUUCAAGCAGCGCGCAACAUCUCGCGAAGUCAAACUAAAACUUGUCGAGUUCCUCUACUUCUAUCUGAUGCCGGAAACACCGAUGAUCCCUGCAGGAGCAGGCGCCAGUGCGGCGAACGCUGCAGCGAUCGGAUUGCAGCGCAGUCCAACCAAGUUAGGGGGCCCAAGGCCAAGGAGUGCCAAUGGCCCAGGAGCUCACCAUGGAGGAAGGGGAAACAGAGAUACGCGCACGACGGAUGAGAAGCAAGCACUGCUCGGGAGAUAUCUCAACAAUGUGGAAGAUCUGGUUGAAGAUCUAAAAGAAACAGCGCCUUUUGGAGCAACGGUUUACUAG